AUGUCGAAGAACCCGAAGCUUGCCUACGAGGCAAACGAGCCUGCUUUUCUCUCGAAGCUCCGAGGCCAAUACGGAAGCAGCGAAGGUCGCCUGGAGCGACCUGCCAUGCGACCUCGCAAAGCCAAGGAUCCCAAAGAUGAAGAGGAAGAUGAGCCGGUCUACGUGGAUGAGGAAAGCAACGAGGUGAUAUCUAAAGAGGAAUACAAAGCUCUUGUCAAGGGCGAUGACCCGACGGACGACACCUCAACGGCCGAUAGCAAGGACAAAUCAAAGGCUCACUCUGAUACCGCGGCCUCAAAACAGAGCAAUUUGACCGAGAUUGGAGGUCAGAAAAAGCGAAAGCAAGCGAAGGUGGUGGGCGAGGACAACAAGCCAGAGCCCGAGGAGACACAACCGAAGGAGACACAAAUCAAGACUGCAGCUGCGCGGAAACCCAAGAAGGCGAAGAAGAUUAAACUCUCCUUUGAUGAAGAGUGA